AGAAGCCGACCUACGAUUCUUUUUCCCCUUCUACCCGAGCUUCCUUACGCUGGUGUGCUCUCUCAACCAUACACUAGCUCCUCCCCCUCCCUAUCUUCAGCAUUAAUGCUAAUUACAUCUUCUCGUCUGUGAUUGCUUGAGCAAGAUACUACUCAAAUAUACAGUUGUUAAUUAGUACUCCAACUUAUUAGUACUAAAUAAAGGCAGCGGAGGGUCGAAUAUAUAGUUUUCCUUUUUAGGCCGUGCUUGCGUCCCCCAGACCGAGGGUUCAGUCUCAGUUAUAGCUUCCGUCCCCAGGAAAAGCAGGCAGGGAUUGUUCUUGGCGGCAGGCACCAAGUUGUGAUUUGGUUGCUGAUUCAGGUGUCUGCGGAAGAUCAUAUUGUCGAUCGGACACUGGGAUAGUGUUAGGAUGUUGACCAGAAGACUGCAGGGAUGCACCGCUCUUCUUAUCGUGUUUCUCCUCUCCAACGUGUCAGGCAGUUUCACUGAAGAAACGGAAGGAGAAAGCAAGAGGCGGUCGCUAGCGACGGGGCAGUUCUGCGUGGCAAUACAGGGAGCGGACCCGACAGCGCUGCAGACGGGGCUCAACUUCGCGUGCGGCCCGGGCCACGCCGACUGCUCGGCCAUCCAGCCCGGCGGCAAGUGCUACAAAGCCAACGACCUGCCGGCGCUGGCCUCCUACGCCUACAACGACUACUACCAACGCAACGUCGCCUCCGGCGCCACCUGCAGCUUCAGCGGCACCGCCACCACCACCACCACCGAUCCCAGCUCGGGUCAAUGCGUCUUCGCGGGAAGCUCCAUGGCGGGAGGGUCGAACUCGAGCACGCCGGGAGCGAUCGCCCCGUCCAGCUUCACCCCGCCGUCGUCGACCUUCACGCCGGGCUUCACGCCUGGCUUCGGGAGUCCAGCCGGCUCCUUCAACCCCCUGCCGGACGCCGCAGACAGCCUCAUGGCCGGCGCUCGCAGGUCGCUCUGCGUGCUGCUUCUUCUGCUGCCGCUCUCCUUCUGAUCAGUGCCUCUGCUCCACUGUACAUUGUGCUCCAUGCCAUUCGUUGCAUUUUACUAGAGAGUAUUAUUAUGAAGUUACAUGACAGGGAGGAUCACUAGAGUAUCACCAUCAUCUUUACAUGUUCUUUCUUUAGUACUUCAAGUCGGAUCUUCUAUAAACUGAACCAUAUAUGUAAAUAAUUUAUGGAGAUCGCACAUUUUUGAUUAA